AUGACUCCACUCGUGGAGCUCUUCCUAAAGGCCUCCUCUGCUGAUGUCGGCGACAGGGGCUCCUGUCCGCUGUCACACAAGUGGUUCAUGGUCUUCUACCUCCUGGUGGAACGACAUGCUGUCAAUCUGCGCAUUAUUCCCGUCUGCACGGCCAAUCCGCAGAGGGAGUACUCUGAGUUAUUUUCCGGCAGGCGUCUCCCCGCCGUGGCCAUCUACGAUGAACACAAUGAAGGCAAGAAGACGACGGGACCGUCCGCCGUCUACGCGGGCAACGAUGAGUUGGAGGAUCUGAUGCGCCAGAAAUUCAGCGGGCACAUCAACGUCGACACUGAGGUUCAGUGGGUUAGCUGCAAUCUUCUUCGAAAUCUGAAUAGCCUUCUUCUGACGGGGCAGACUCGCGCACUCCUAUCAGACCUCCAGGAGUUGGACAAGUUUAUUUCGAAAGUAAGUGGAAGAUACUUUUUGGGAGAAAAUAGACUGGCAGUGCAAAGGAAAACGGUCAGCACAAAGUACGAGCAAAUUAAGGGAACCGAACAUAGAGUAGGUGGUCUAACUAAUGAAAUAUCAGCCGAAAUUCCAAAAUGCGUUUCCGUUUCGAAAAGAUUAAUUAAAUAGGGUUGUAAAACUGGUCAGCCUGAAACAUAAUUCUAUAAUAUUUCAGUUACGUCAGGAAGCCGGCUUUCGAAUGCACCUCCUUCCGGCCGCAUGCGAUAACGACACUCUGUAAAAAAGGACUACUUAAGCAGCAUGACUUUUUCUCAUUGAUUUUCGAAGCCCCUAAACGUCCAAUUAUAUUUCGUGGAAAACAUGCAUAAAAAUAUUCAUUCUUUUGUUCAUUCGGUUGAAAAUUAUGUCUUCUUCUAAAAAUGUAAUCGAAGGAGGGACACAAUUCUGUUCUAAAAAAGUUUCUAAUUGUGGGGACUUUUAAAUACCGCGAAAUGGCCGUUCAUAAAUCGUCAUGCCUCUGAAUUUACCAAUGUGGCUUGUCAAGUUAACGAUAUGAUCAAAUCCACUGCUAAAUUUUAUGAACCUUGUACAGUCCCCCAUUACUACCGUAGAGAAAUGCGUGGUCUUCCGUACGCGGAAAAUAUACGGCUUGUGGUUUGGAAACCCUGAAUCCAAGUGUAACGGCAGAGCGGGUUCAAAAUUAUUCGGGAAUUGGAAAAGUUUCCUGAAACCGAGUUAUACCCUUUCUCUGAUCAUUAAAUUGGAAAAAGCCGUUAUUAUCUACGAAAUAUGAAGAAAAAUGAAUAUUUUUAUGCAUGUUUUCUAUGAAAUAUAAUUGGACAGUUAAGGGAAUCGAAUGUGCGGUGCUGCCGCUAGGGAAUCCUGAACUAUGGUUUUUAGAUCGCCAUGAGGUCCACCUCCUGAUUUUGUGGCACAUAAAACCGCACUGACUGCUCCUAGAGUACUUGUCCGUAAAGGCAUCAAAAUGUACUAAAGCCUUAGAUUUUUUGAAAAAACCUUUCGUGUUUUUUGGUCAUCUAGGAGAGGAGUUUUGUACUAAUGCUGUUGGCCUACCCUGACAAUCCUGCCUUUUUUACGUUUACCACGAAAAGAUCCUACAUAUACUUCCGUUGUUACGUUGUAUUUCUAGAGGUUAUUCAAAGCAUUAAAACAUCUGUACGUAGUACAGGAUGGAUCAAGUAAUCGAAUUCUGAACACUAAUGACAGACACAGCUUGCUAAACUGAACAAUUGCGCCGUUGUGGACCGUCUAACGUACACAUGCCUCGUUCAGGUGACUAAACGAACGUAAACCAUCGACUCGUUGUUUCGUCAUUCCUGCGUAACAUUUCCGAUCGUGGCGUCCAAGAGUAUGACAGGGCUUUAGACCACACCCUGCAGUAGGUGUGCUAACUCCUGAAAUACUAACCGAAAUUAUGAAAUGUUUUUUUCGGUUUGAAAUGAUCACCUAAGUUGGCUUAUAGUUCUGGUUAUCCACCAUACAAUACUGACAUAAUCCCAAAAACAUUUGCUACAAGCACGAGACUAGCUCUGGAGAAUAGGUUUUUUUUAGGUUUACAGAAGAACAGACUGGAAAACGUAAAAAAAUGAUUUUUUCACAAGUAGAUCUCGUUUUUCUUCGAAACAGCUUUUUUCAGGUUCUCAAUGUUAAUUGUAAGCCAGUUAUCUUAAAAAAACAUGAAAAAUACCAAUUAUUUAAGCAUUAUUUGGAGAGAUGUAUCUACGUAAAAGGCUCCGGUUAAAACUGCGGAAUUCUACUUCUAUCCAAGUCACUACAUCUUCCAUUUAUAAAACUUUAUAACAAUCUGGUUAUUUUUUAAGUAACGUCGGAAAUUAUAAAGUAAUGGGAAAUUUUCAUCACACGAGAUUUGAUCUUGUUUGAGUGAGUUUGCGGUAGAUUGCUUGGAAGUCCCAGCCUUAUAUUGUACGUAGCAACCCUCAGUCUUUGGGGCUGAAUUAAAUGCUUCUUUGUCAAGAUAAAGCAUACUACAUGACAGGUAAUGGAAUAAAUGUCUAACUCGGCUGUGUUCAGUACGGACGUAGUCUUCUACGCAUUGCCGACUAAAGGCGCACUCUUACAUUACGAAAUGUCCAGCCAUUUUUUUAAUAAAAUUGUCCACUGUCCUCUCCCUAUCUGGUUGCACUGAUCAGUUUUGCAGACAAGUGCGUCAUACAUUUGCUGCGCAUGGGAAGACUGUCCAGUUAGGGAGCUUUUUCAUCUUAAAUGCAAGAACAGUCGUGGAGCUGACGCAGUUUGGUCUCGUCGUCCAAUUUCUGGUCGCCAGAAACUUUGACCUUCAAACGAGGACGGCAUUUUGCUGCUCUGUAGGUAUAAUAAUGUGAUUAAACGUGCUAAUUGGGUUAUUCGAAAUCAAUUUAUCCGUGCUGCUAUUAAGGUGCGGUAGGUUUUUGCAAAAAUUACUCCGACCCAUCCUACUCAAAUUGGCGAGUCAGGAGAAGUAGAAAUAUAAGCAAACACCUAUAGGGGGCAGCGGUGUAGAGAAGGACCCCACUUAACUUUCAGUAGACAGUGGAUCGUGUCAAAUGGGGUUCUAUCUUGGCACACACUUGCAGGCCGUUGCAGAAAUUACACUGUUAACAACGAUUACUUGCCAUGACCCCACAUCUCAGCUCAAAAUCCGCUAUUUUUUAAAAUGUAGUUUUUGUUUGUUGUUUUAUUACCAUUCUCAUUUCCGUUGUCGUGCAAUAGCGUAGGAUGAGACUUUUGACAUAAAUCCAGGCAAUUUCUGUGUUUUAUUCCAUUUUGUCAGCUUACUAUCUAGCGUGUUGCCCCACCCAUAAAGCUCCCUUUGUAAUAAAUCACGCAUGGCACGAUCCACAGUCUACUGACAGUUAAGUGGUGUCCUUCUCUAUACCGUUGCCCUAUAAGAAUUACAUGGAGGUUCAGUCGACGGAUCAAAAUAUACCGCGUUUUCCAAGGGAUGGGCGCAGCGUGGGUGACUUGCUCGUGAAUCCGAAUACUCGAUAUCCUUUCCCUCACCCGCUUAUGGAAAGGCAGAGUUAAAACGACCAGAGGUGAACAGAACAAACCCACUGGGAGCCCUGGAGGACCAGGAAAUGCCUUGUUUGCGACCGGUGCAUCCGGACGACCCCCACCGGAAUGCUUUGGUCCACUUCAGCGUCGCGCCAAUUAUCCGAGCAGCACAAAGCGUUAAAGCACGCAUUUGGGCCAAUCAACGCAGAGCAGACUAUCGAUUUGUGCUGAGGCCCGAUGUCGCACAAUUCUCCCCCUCUUCGUUGGUCGGCCUUCAGAGAGUGUUGCUGUAUUGCUAGUUCCAGUGGCUAACCGAACUGCAUGACCCGGAGGCGCGCAUAACCUUUUUGCAGAUCAAAUGACUCAACUUGUGGUCUGCAGAGCACUCGUUGUCUGUUGAAAAUGCGGGCUCUGCUUUCGGCCUCGUCUUCAUGAUUCCGAGCUUGAGAGAGUCAGCGGUCCAAGUACACCUUACGAUGGUAACAACAGGAGAAUUAUUAUCACGGUUUAAUACGGUCAGUUUCUGUGAGUCAAGAUUUGACUGCACCUGAUCGAGUCUGGUGCACUGAGUCCAUGAACCGGUCCACUGGGGAAAGUACGCCAUCUUUUUGCCGCAUCAUGGCCGCUGGUUUAGCUUUAUAACCUUCUUUUUGCAUGUAUCCUCAACAUAAGCUAGUCUUCAAAAGUUAUCAUGUUUGUCUGUCAACAACGCCUGAGGGGUCACUGGUACAGGCGUCUAAUGCCCUUUCGGGACCGUUCUCGCUGUAAUAUGUCCUUAGUACAGUGAGUGACCGAUCUCAUGAAAUGUUGGCUGAAAUUCGAUCAGGAAGGAAUGCCUAAGUAGGGUUCUAAUACUGAUUAUCCUGCUGCAUAAUUCUAUAAUAUUUCGAACUCGGCAAGAUGUCAGCUUUUGAAUGCAUUGUUUUUCCAUUUCCUGUAGAUACCGUACUCGGUAAGAAUGACUACUUAAUUAGCAUGCAUUUUUACCAUUGAUUUUCGAUGGUCUUGCAAGUUCAAAUAUAUCUUAUAGAAACCAUAAACAAAGAUAUGCUUUCUUUCAGUCAGGUAAUAGAGGAUCACGUCUCCUUUAUAUUUUAUACUCAAAGAAGGAGUAUAGUUAGGUUUUAAAAAAGUUUUCUAAUUGCCGAAUAAUUGGGAGGUUGAUCAUUCGUUGCAUUAGCGCUUAGUGACUUCAGUCUACAAGGUGCAUGCGCUCCGCGUAAAGAAAACCACAUAUUUUUCUAUGCCUUAUAAAAAAUAUUAUAGAGAGUCCAUAAAAUUUUGCAAUGGAUGAGGACUAUGUUGAACAUUUUAUGGGGAUCUGUGGUAAACGGCCAGGUACGAUGCUAUUUGAAUGGACAUUGCGCGGUCUUAAACAAUCUCAUAAUCAGAAACUUUUUUAAAACCCAAUUAUACUCCUUCGUCGGGUAUAAAAUAUAAAGAAUACGUGAUUCUCUAUUAAUUGGCUGAAAGAAAGCAUAACUUUGUUUAUGGUUUCUAUAAGAUAUAUUUGGACUUGAAAGUCCAUUAAAAAUCGGUGCGAAAAAUGCAUGCUAAUUAACUAGUCAUUUUUUACUGAGUACGGUUUCUACAUGAGAUUGAAAAGCAGUGUAUUCAAAAGCUGACAUGCUGCCGAGCCCAAAAGAUUAUAGGAUAAUGUCGCAAGAUAAUCAAUCUUACAACCCCACCUAAGUUAUCCUUCCAGACCGAAAAUGCGCUUCAGAAUUUUGGCUAACUUUUCAUUGGAUCGGUCACUCACUGUAUAUAUGUAAAUAUUUCGAAACUGUAAUUCGGAUAAUCAGUAUUGCAACCGCGACCAAGUAAUCCUUCCUAAUCGAAAACGCAGUUCAGAAUUUUAGCCAACAUUUCAUGGGAUCGGUCACUCAAUGAAUCACUUCAAUGAAUACUUUUUAAUGUGAACUCUAUGGCGUACUGACUCAGAUGGGAUCUGAGCCGCCUCCUUCUUGGUGCUGUGAAAACGCGGUCCAUUGUGCGCGGAUCGGGCGUGUGGCAAACGUAGUCGACCGUUUGUUCCGUAUCGUCCACUGAGCCCGAGCCCAGUCGUAUCGACUGUCAACAAGCCCAGCAGGCGAGGAAGGAGUUUUCGCGACAUGCUGUCACGCGCAAAUCACCGCCCUGCAUCUAUCACGUUUUGGGGCACAUGACAGACAUCGUAGUUUGCGACGACCGAAUUAUCGACUGACUAUACAGUAGGUGGGCUAACUCAUGGAAUGUCAACCGAAAUUCCGAAAUGAGUUUUCAUUUCGAAAAGAUUAACUAAGAAGGAUUGUAAAACUAAUCAUCGUGCGGCAUAAUUCCAUAAUAAUUCAGUUACCUCAGGAUGCCGGCUCUGGAGCGAACUACUUUUCGGCUGCAUGAAAAAACUACACUCUGUAUAAAUGACUACUUAAUUAGUAUGUACUUUUCUCAUUGAUUUUCGAUGCCCUUAAAAACUGAACUAUAUUUUAUGGAGAAAAUGCAUAAAAAUAUUCAUUCUUUUGCAUAUUCGGCAGGAAAUUACACCUUCUUUCAAUUUUAUACUCAAAGGAAGGGUAUACUUCGGUUUUCAAAAACUCUUUUAAUUUCCCAAUAAUUUAGAACCCAAACUGCCGUUACACUUGCAUUCAAAGUUUACAAACUACAAGCCGUACGUUUUCCACGUAAGCAAAACCAUAGACGUCUCUACAGUAUAAGGAGGAAAUCAUAUGGGGUUCAUAAAAUUUAGCAGUGGAUUUGGGCCACAUUAUUCCCUAUACAAGCCACAAUGGUAAAUGAAGAGACAUGACGUUUUAUGAACGACCAUCUCACGGUAUUAAAACAUCUUAAAAUUAGAGACUUUUUAACAACCGAAUUAUACUCUUCCUUCGAGUAUAACAUUGGAAGAAGACAUAAAUUUCUACUGAAUGAGCAAAAGAAUGAAUAUCUUUUGCAUUUUCUGGAUAAAAUGCAAUUGCAUUUUUAAGAACAUCGAAAAUUAUGGAGAAAAAUGCAUGCUACCUAAGCAGUUAUUUUUUACAGUGUGCAGUUUCUGCAUGCGUCCGAAAAGAUUUUCGCUCGAACGCCGGCAUUCUAUGGUUACUGAAUUAUUAUGGGAUUAUGCUGCCCGAUGAUAAGUUUUACAACGCUUCUUAAUUAAGCAGUUCCAGAUGAAAACGCAUUUCGUCAUUUCUGUCAACAUUUCAUGAGUUAGCCCACCUACUGUACAUGCUGUUUCUUCACCCCUAUCAUUGCCACUAGCCAGUGUUAUGAGCCAAGUGGGAUUUUAAAACAAAGUUAAGCAGUUUUUUGCGAUGAAACAUCUUUUCAACUGUCAUUUAGACGCACACCACCUACCUGGAGUCUGACAGCGUCGCCUACGCGGACUGCGUCAUCGCCACCAAGGUGCAGCAGGUCCGUGUGGCCGGCCAUUUUUACGGCAACUUCUGUAUUCCGCCCGAUCUGCGCUGUUUGUGGGCCUACAUGUCGCACAUCUACGCUGUGCCAGCCUUCCAUAUCAGUUGUCCAUCCGAUCGAGACAUUAUGCUGCACUACUUCGACAAGGUGGCCUUUCCGCAGGCCGCGGACCGUACUGCCGUCCAGAGGCGAAUUCUGGCCCUAGAGGAGAGUCAGCGCUCCCUCAGUAUUCCUCCAGCGCUCCCAAACUCUGCGGGGAGCGGCAGCAGCAGCAGUGCAGUCCUAGGGGCUGACCAAGCAGCGAUGACGACGAGGGUCUUUGAUCAGGCCAUGGUGCAGGACCUGUUGAAAAAGCAGGUCACCUUCGGACCACUACCUUAG